AUGGGCAAGCCUCGGCUCCUACAAGGCAAGCAAGCACUGCCUGUCUGUCUAAUCAUACCGGCCGAUUCAUCUGCUGCGCCCGCCAUUGCUGUUAGCUUGACGCUAGCUCUUGCUCAUCAUCAUCUAUCGUACCUGCUGUACGGGCCUCUGGUGGCGAAGGUGGCGCAGGCGUGGAGGGAGACGGGGAGCCUGCCGCUGGGGUCGUCGUGGUGCCUCCACCUGCUGCUCCUCCUGGCGCUCCGCUCGCUCACCUUCCAGCUCUGGUUCUCCUACGGCAACAUGCUCUUCUUCACCCGCCGCCGCCGCGUCGUCAAGGACGGCGUCGACUUCCGCCAGAUCGACGCCGAGUGGGACUGGGAUAACAUGGUGAUCCUGCAAACCCUAAUCGCGGCGACGGCGAUGGGCAGCCCGGCGUUCCCGGGCGUGUCGGAGCUCCGGGUGUGGGACCCGCGCGGGUGGGGCCUGGCCUUGCUCCUGCACGUGACCAUCUCGGAGCCAGUCUUCUACUGGGCCCACAGGGCGCUGCACCGGGGCCCGCUCUUCAGACAGUACCACGCAAAGCACCACUCGUCCCCCGUCACGCAGCCGCUCACGGCCGGGUUCGGCACGCCGCUGGAGGCGCUGCUCCUGACGCUGGCGAUGGGGGCCCCGCUGGCGGGCGCGUUCCUGGCGGGCGCCGGGUCCGUGAGCCUGGUCUACGGCUACGUCCUCCUCUUCGACUACCUCCGGUGCAUGGGGUACAGCAACGUGGAGGUCAUCUCCCACAAGGCCUUCGCCGCCUUCCCGCCGCUCAGAUACCUCAUCUACACCGCCACGUAUUUAAGCCUGCACCACAGGGAGAAGGACUGCAAUUUCUGCCUGUUUAUGCCUCUGUACGACGCCCUCGGAGGGACCAUCAACUCCGAAUCGUGGGAGCUUCAGAAACAGGUCGACCAAGGCAUGAACGACCGGGUGCCGGACUUCGUGUUCCUGGCGCACGUCGUGGACGUGGUGUCGUCGAUGCACGUGCCGUUCGCGUUCCGGUCCUGCAGCUCGCUGCCGUGGGCCACGCACCCGGUGCUGCUCCCGCUCUGGCCCGUCGCCUUCGGCUUCAUGCUCCUCCAGUGGUUCUUCUCCAAGACCUUCACCGUCAGCUUCUACUUCCUCCGAGGCCGGCUCCACCAGACGUGGAGCGUCCCCAGAUAUGGCUUCCAGUACUUCAUCCCGUCGGCGAAGAAGGGCAUCAACCGCCAGAUCGAGCUCGCCAUCCUGAGGGCAGACAAGAUGGGCGUCAAAGUCAUCAGCCUUGCUGCACUGAACAAGAACGAGGCUCUCAACGGCGGCGGCACGCUGUUCGUGAGCAAGCACCCGAACCUGAGGGUGAGGGUGGUGCACGGCAACACCCUGACGGCGGCUGUGAUCCUCAACGAGAUCCCCAGCAACGUGAGGGAGGUGUUCCUCACCGGCGCCACGUCCAAGCUCGGCAGGGCCAUCGCGCUCUACCUCUGCAGGAAGAAGAUCAGGGUCUUGAUGCUGACGCUUUCGACGGAGAGGUUCCUGAAGAUCCAGAGGGAGGCGCCGUCAGAGUUCCAGCAGUACCUCGUGCAGGUCACCAAGUAUCAGGCGGCGCAGGGCUGCAAGACAUGGAUCGUGGGCAAGUGGCUGUCGCUGCGGGAGCAGCGGUGGGCGCCGCCGAGCACGCACUUCCACCAGUUCGUGGUGCCGCCCAUCAUCGGCUUCCGCCGGGACUGCACCUACGGCAAGCUGGCCGCCAUGAGGCUGCCCAAGGACGUGCAGGGCCUCGGCUCCUGCGAGUACACGAUGGAGCGCGGGGUGGUGCACGCGUGCCACGCCGGCGGCGUGGUGCACUGCCUGGAAGGGUGGGAGCACCACGAGGUGGGCGCCAUCGACGUGGACCGGAUCGACGUCGUGUGGAAGGCGGCGCUCAAGCACGGGCUCACGCCGGCGUGA